CCACAUCGCACGCACCAGCUCACAACCACAACACAGAUAACAUGGCAAAAUCGAUACGCUCAAAAGUAAAGCGCAGCUUCCGCGCCAAGAAGCGCGAGCAGGGUGUCUAUGCUGCAACCGAGGCGGCGCGGCUUGCCCGUCUGCACCAAAAGCUGCACGGGAUAGCGAGCACGGACACCGAUGGCGACGUCCCCCUGGAAGAUGCGGAGGGGGAAGAGAUACACGACGAGGCUGCGCGCCGAGAUGAAUCCCAGGCAGAGACCGCUAUGCAGCCGCAAGGCAUGGAAGUCGACGGCGCCGCAUCACCUGAGAGCACAGACUCAAAACGCAUAUCGACACACGGCCCUCGAAGCUCGCGCAGAGAAGAGUGGCGUAAAUCCAAGGGUCUCACUGUGCGUGCCAAGUCAAGCAAGACGAACCGUCAGGGCCUGCCCGUCGCGAAACGGCGGUCGGGUCGCUCGCACCGCAGGAGAUGAUUAGCUAGCUAGAAGGGUUUUUUAUUAUCGUGUCUCUUUAUUUCAUCUCGUUUAGGGUCUUUCACGACUGUAAUGAGCGAAAAGCGUCCUCUGAUCUCGGAUGCG